GUAUAUGGUUUAUUAGUUGCAACAUUUAUAUCAAGUUUCAGAACACUCUUUAGAUAAGCAUCCAUCAGAGACUGUAAUUUGUACGUAUACAGCAUGGAUCAACUACGCCCCACAUCCGCGAAUUCAAUUGCACUUACUCCUCUCACCUUCCUCGAGCGAGCUGCCACCGUUUAUGGCGAUUGCAUUUCCAUCCAAUACAAUAAUACCACCUUCACAUGGACACAGACCCACCGCCGCUGCCUCCAGGUGGCCUCCUCCCUUGUCGGACUUGGAAUCCAGAGAGGGGACGUUGUGUCUGUUCUGGCAUUUAAUCUCCCCGCCAUGUACGAGCUGCAGUUCGCUGUGCCGAUGUCUGGUGCUGUUCUCAACAAUCUCAAUACUCGUCUUGAUGCUCGGACAAUCUCCGUCAUGCUCCGCCACUGCGAGGCAAAGAUGUUGUUUGUUGAUACUCAUCUUAGAGUUCUCGCCGAGGAGGCUGUGGCGAGAUUCCCGCCAGGGAUACGGCGGCCGGUGGUGGUUCUCAUUACGGAUAAUGUCAGUGUGGGUAAUGACGGAACAAAAGAUAAGCUAGUAGAUUCUCUAACUAUGCUACCAUGCGUGGGAUCGGUGAAAGACGUUGACUGUGUGACGACGUAUGAAGAUUUAGUCGAGAAAGGAGACUCGGAUUUCCGGUGGAUUAGGCCUGUGAAUGAGUGGGAUCCGAUGACAAUUAACUACACCUCCGGAACUACGUCAUCCCCUAAAGGAGUCGUUCAUUCUCAUCGUGCAAUUUUCAUCAUUACCAUGGAUUCACUUAUAGACUGGUCGGUGCCUAAAGAACCAGUUUAUUUAUGGACUCUUCCGAUGUUUCACUCCAACGGGUGGAGCUUCACCUGGGGAAUGGCAGCCGUCGGUGGCACCAACAUUUGUCUCCACAAGUUCACCGCCGAAGAUGUCUUUUCCGCCUUGAACCGUCACAAUGUCACCCACAUGUGUGGUGCGCCGGUUGUUCUCAACAUGAUAGCAAACUCACCCCACGCUAGACCGUUAAGCAACCCGGUUCAUUUCUUGACAGGUGGAGCUCCGCCUCCCGCUGCCGUAGUCCUCCGUACUGAGGCACUAGGUUUUAUCGUCAGCCAUGGGUACGGCAUGACGGAGGUGGCAGGUGUAGUGGUUUCUUGUGCUUGGAAAGAAAAAUGGAACCGGUUGCCGGUGAGUAACCAAGCGAGUUUAAAAGCAAGACAAGGAGUGAGAACCCUAGGGUUGACUGAAGUCAAUGUGUUGGACCCGAAGUCAGGACUCGGAGUCAAGCACGAUGGGUUGACUCAAGGUGAAAUUGUUCUGAAAGGCGCGUGUUUAAUGCUGGGGUACUUGAAAGACCCACGCGCCACCGCCAUGUGCAUGAGAGAAGAUGGGUGGUUGUACACGGGCGACGUGGGAGUGAUACACCCAGAUGGGUAUCUAGAAAUCAAAGACAGGUCAAAAGACGUGAUCAUAACCGGUGGCGAGAACGUGAGUAGUGUGGAGGUGGAAUCCGUGUUGUAUACGAAUCCGGCGGUGCACGAGGUGGCGGUGGUGGCUCGGCCGGAUAAAUUUUGGGGUGAAACGCCAUGUGCUUUUGUGAGUCUGAUGGGAAAAGCGAGCACGGAGGAGCUAAUAAAGUUUUGCAGAGAGAGGUUGCCGCAUUAUAUGGUGCCUAAGACGGUGGUGUUCAUGGAGGAGCUGCCGAAGACAGCCACCGGAAAGAUUCAGAAGUUUACCCUACGAGAUAUAGCAAAGGGCAUGGCCCCACAAUUUGGAAACAGUAGUAUGUAACGGUGGAUAUGAUGGGUGGCUUGAAGUUCAAAUGCAUGUGGGGUGUUUUUAUCAUUUUGGUUGGUUUGAGA